AUGGAGAAGUGGCUCUCAAGACCUGCCUCCAUCCCAGAACCGGCAAGCCGCUCCUCAACUUCGCGGAGAAUGAGGAGUGCUUCAGCUGCGGCCUCCCGAAGGCGUCCUGCUUCGGUGGCCACGCGCCACCGGCAACCCCGCCUCGGGGGGCAGCCUCCUCCUUGUCCGAGGGGCCUCCGGCUGACGCCCCCGAGGGGGCCGGCACCUCCAACAUCGCGCGCCGGCGCCGCCGGCAGCGAGAGGCCGCCGCGGCCAAGCGCGGGGCAGGCGCGCAGAGGAGCCGAGCCCCUGCAGCGGCUGCCGAGCAUGCCGCGGCUGCAGCUGUACCUCUGCACCAGGGCGCUCAGCGAGUGCGGGAGGGACGGGGAGUGGCUGCAGGCGCUGCGCUUGCUCGGCGAGGCGCAGGCGGUGCGCCUGGAGCUGGACGCCAUGUGCUGCAGCGCCGCAAUCAGCGCGUGCGGGAGGGCCAGCGAGUGGCAGCAGGCCGUGUCGCUGUUCGGCGGGCUGCGGCGGGCGGGGCUGGAGGCCGACGCGGUUAGCGUUGCGGCCGCGGUCAGCGCCUGCGAGGGGUGCGGGAGAUGGCAGCAGGCGCUGUCGCUGGUCACCGAGUCGCGGGAGGCGGCGCUGGAAGCUAGCGUCGUUUGCCUCAGUGCCGGGAUCAGCGCGUGCGCGAAGGGCGGACAGUGGGCGUUGGCGCUGUCGUUGCUUGGCGAGAUGCGGGAGGCAAAAUUGGAGCCGGACGUCACUCACUACUUCAAUGUUGGCGUCAGCGCUUGCGAGAAGGGUGGUCAGUGGCAACACGCGUUAUCGUUGCUCAGGGAGUUGUCGAACACA